AUGCGUCUGAUCCAACUGCAGCAGCCCUUGAGGGCCGCUGCCGCCGGCCUCCUCCGGCCAGCCGUCCCGACUGCGCAGCCCGGCGUGGUGGCCGCCGCGAAUGCCCUCGUUGGCGGACGACGAUACGCCUCCGUCAAGUCGCAGGGUGCCUACAAGCUGCAGCCCAAGAGGACGAUACCGAAGAAGCUGGGAGCGAAGCGCACGGGUGACCAAUAUGUCAUUCCCGGCAACAUCAUCUACAAGCAAAAAGGCAGCCUCUGGUGGCCAGGCGAGAACUGCAUCAUGGGCCGCGACCACACGAUCCACGCCAUGGCGACCGGCUACGUCAAGUACUACCGCGACCCCGCCCGCCACCCGGACCGAAAGUACAUCGGCGUCGUCUUCAACAAGGACGACGUCCUCCCGUACCCGAGGCACGCCGAGCGCAAGCGCAAGCUCAACAUGUCGGCGCACCCCAUCUCCAAGCCUGUCGAGGUCCCCGCCAUCUCCGCCUCGGGCAUCCCGACGGAGGUGAUCCGCACGUCGCCCAGCCGCAAGGGCGUCUCGCAGCACCCGCGCGUGCUGAGGCUGCGUGACGACUACUCGUACCGCGAGGACAACUGGCGCAUCGGACGCCUGGUGAAGCUGCGUGUGCCGGGCAUGAGCCGGAGGAAGAGGUUCGCGCACAAGAGAUACGCCAAGGAGCGGACGAUUGCCGGACAGAAGGCCGCCGAGGCCAGGUACGCGGACAUGGAGAUUGACGAGUGGACUAUCGCGGCCUCCAAGAGGCUUCAGGAGCAGAGGAACGCGGCCGACAGGGCCAAGAACGUCAAGGCGAAGAACAAGGCGGCAAAGAAGGCUGCGAAGGCGAGCAAGGCGAAGCAGAAGCGGUAA